AUGGCAGACCGUUCGACAAAGGUCGCUCCGGCACCAUCAUCAGCCCCGCGUCAAGCCCGGCCGUCUGCAAAGAAUGGCGCCCCGCGAGCAGUGGCACAACCGCAACCGGGGCAGCUCCAGGGGGUGCCCUUACCUUCAGAACCCGAACCUAUGUCUCCGGCCAGCACGACGACCGAACAAGCGACGCUUGCCCUCCCCGAUGCUUCGGAAGAGCUGCCGGAAGAAUACAGGGACCUCAAAGGAGCCUUGAUGAACCCGUCUUACGACGCAUCGCCAAUCGAGGCCAAGACGCCUGCAAAUCCCAAAUCGCCCACGGUGAAAAAGCCUCACGGCAAACCUUACACCAAGCCCCCGGUUGUGAAGUCUCCAAAGACGAAGGCACCGAAAAAUACGACACCCACGGGCAAAACGCCGACGACGCCCGCGUCUCCUCGUAAGGCAGCCACAGCUCGUCCCGCCACGACCAAGUCAGGCGCCGCCAUUCCAGGAUCGCCGGUGAAGGUUCGGGCGUUGGACGCCGAUAAUGCGCAGCUGCGAAAACGAGACCCCGAGAUGGCCGGGCGAAAAGAAAAUCCAGCUCGCUCACCCACACACCUGCGACGCGUUAUGGAAGCUCCAGGAGCGGCUACAGCUGGCGGGCCAGCGACCCCAAAGGAACGCCAUCUCGCCGAGGACCGACCACCUCCUGAAGAGCCACUGACAGCGGGGCUUGCCCCGAUGCUACCCACCGCAAAUCCAUCUGAUAAAGUGCCUCUGUACAGGCCACCAUUGCUACCGCGUGCCUCGAUGUGGAGUCCCAGCAUGGGCACUACAAUGGAAGGCGGCUUCGGCGACGGCCCCGACGUCCUCAAAAACUAUGUGCAUGGGCCCCAAAAUCCGAUGCCACCUGAUGACCUCCUCUCGAAAAGGCAGGCUGCGGCGCUGUUCCUUCUCGCACUCGUAUUCAUCAGCGUGUUCACGGCUUGGAUGAUCCUCGCGCAGCACGAAGCAAGCGUCGGUCACAGCAUCAUUGACUACAGUAGCGACGCGCCCGACACACUACCUACUACGGCUCAGGAUGUAGAAGAUUCAGCAAUAAUCCUGCCGCGCAUGGUCGAGCUAACUAGGUGUUCAGCGAAAGACAUUUCUCGAAAUACAAUGGAUUCAAACGCUACUAGCACGGACAACGUACUAGGAAGCUUAAACCAGCGCGCUGCCAAUAUUACAGAAUGA